CCCUUGUUUUAGCUUUGUUUUCUUGGUUCAUGUUCUGUUCAGGCUCUCUUUGGCAUGUGCCACUUGGGUUCUGACAUAAGAUUGCUCUUUUGAAACCAAUCAAUUUUCAUCACUUGGCACACCAAUCACGGGGUUCAUAUCAUUGACAUAACACGAGCGAGCUAGGUACGUAAUAACCCUUUAUUUCUCUUUUUAUGCUGACAUGGACAACAAAGGAGAUCCAAAGAGCAUCAUAUAUGAGUUACUACAAGGUUUGGAGUUGGCAAGGCAACUCCAAGUGUAUCUCCACAUGCCUUCUUCAUCCCAAGAAACACGUGAGCUCUUGAUCCAAAAGAUCAUAUCCACAUUUGAAAAGGCUCUUGAAAUGGUAAACUGGAAAGGGCCAGUAGGUGAGUCAUCUCAACAGCCCUCAGGGGUUGCAAUCCGAAUGUCAGACUCACCUUUGAGUGGUAGCCCCCGCAGUGAAGACUCUGAUAAAGAUUUGAAGGACCAGGACCAUAAUAUUUCCAAAAAGAGAAACACUUUGCCAAGAUGGACCAAACAGAUUCGGGUUAAACCUGGAGUGGGAGUGGAAGGGCCCCUUGAUGAUGGAUAUAGUUGGAGAAAAUAUGGCCAGAAAGACAUCCUUGGAGCCAUGUACCCGAGGGGCUACUACAGAUGCACCCACAGAAAUGUUCAAGGGUGCUUGGCCACCAAGCAAGUGCAAAGAUCUGAUGAAGAUCCCACUGUGUUUGAAAUCACAUACAGAGGAAAGCACACUUGCACAGUGGCCAGCAACGUGGGUUCUUCAUCAAGUCCACUAGAAAACCAAGAACCAAGUUUGAACACAAACCCUCAGGAGCAGCAGCAGCAGAAUGUCCUGCAAAGACUUGAGCAGCAACCAAAUGAAGUACUUCUGAGCCUCCGUGCAGGCCUGAGAGUUCAGACAGAGAACUUAGAUUCCCCUGGCCAAUCAUUUGCUCCAUUCCAUUUCCCUUCAACUUCAAACAUCAAAAUCGAAAACCAAGUUUUCCCAUCCCCUAUCAUUGAAAACAACUAUGCUGAGAACUUCACUUCUCCUUCCUACAUGUCCCCUAAUACAUCAGGAAUAAGCCACUUUUCGGUGUCUCCAAGUGGGGUCCACACAUUCGAGGGACACCCAAAUUUGGCAACUUCUGCUUCUCAGAUCAAUGACAUGAUCCCAGCUGCUACAUCAGCUGCAAACUCACCAACCGUCUUUCCUUUUGACCACUUUGAGUUUGAUGGCCAUAACUUCACAUUCGAUAACCCACGAUUUUUCUCGUGAAAAUUUACUCAAUUCAGAGAAGAAGCCGGAUCAAAGUCAAUUUUUUUUAAAGUAAAGAAAAUAGUAUAAUUAGAAGCAUGUGAUGAAGGCAAGACAUUAGCAGGU